AUGUCGAUGUCUCGCAACGGUUCUGAUGUCUACCUGUCUUAUUCGGCCGGGAAGAACGGCCAACCUGCCGAAAACGGUCCACGUGCUCGUAAACCGAAUACCUCUUUGGAUCACGAAGGAAUCUCUCUUGAACGCAUUCGUGAACUCAGAAAGCGGAGAGGAGGAGUGUUGUCUUCGUUAACGUCCAAGCGUCGAGAGAUCGAUAGUCUUUUAACGGAUGUAAAUAAUUUGGAGACGGUGAAAGUAAAGCUGUCGGAAAUCACGUCGCUAUUUCGAAGAUUUACCGAGGCUCAUGACGCGUAUAAUGUAGCUCUGGUUGAGGAAAGUCAGAGACAAGAAUCAGACCUCUAUUUCGCCGACAUUGAAAGCAGUUUAGAUUUUUUUCUGCCGUACGGUCAAUGA